CUCCAACUCAUCAACUUCCCAUUCCUAGAAAAAAACACAUUUCGGUACGUAACCAUCAUCUACGCGUGCGGUGUGAAUGGCCGUGAUGGCAUACUGUAUGGAGCUUGAGCUCGGACGGUUUUCGCUAACACCCAUCAUGACCAGGAUUACAUUACCGGUACUUCCAGCCACCAGCCACCAGCAAAGCCAGACUCUUCCACCACCACUUCUCCCAAGUCCACCAACCCAAGAGGACACUGACACCGCGCACACGACACCACACCCAUCCUCAGCACUACCCAUUACCACGCCCAGUACACGGCUUCCGAAUAGCUUCAUUUUCUACCGCCAAUACCAUACCCCGCUACAACGAUGGCGCCAGUCCCAUCGGCCGCUCUGCCUCUGCAGCAAAGGCUGCUGCAGCUUGCCCAGACACUUCAAUGUAUGUAAAUCCACUUGGAGGGGAUCCGCAGACCAGUGUACUAACUUGUUCAUUAGUUGCGUGGUUUGUCGGGUACGUGGACCUUCUUUCCAGCUAGUUGUACUCUUCGAUCUUUGAUGGCGGCCUUUGCGGGAGGCCCAGGGUUGAGCUCAAGCUUCCGCUUCCCUGCAGCACAUCAUAAUGUUGGGAUAUUUGGGAAACGAACCUUCACUAACAGGAUUCCUCUAGGCAUCUGACCCUCCUGUUCUGUAUCGUCCGAUAUGGAUUCUCCUAUCUCACCUUCAACUACUAUUCGAGAAUGGCAGUCUUUUCCUAUCGAACCUCCUUCGUCGCCGCAGCUGUAACAUACGGGAUUGUGGUCUACAAGGCUUUCCGCGCUCGUUCAAGAGCUGGUAGCAGAGCGCAAGGCGGCAUUGUUUCUUUGAUCGCAGAUGAGAAUGUGCAAUACUUGGGCAAGUUACAAAUCCACUCUGUUAUCAUGCGCAUUUUGCUAAUUUGACAUUAGCUAUGGCCCUCGUCUGGCUAUUUUCCGCUCAUUACCCCCUCGCUAUGCUCCCAUUUGGAGUGUACUCCAUCUUCCAUGUCGCGACAUACGCUCGAACAAACUUGAUCCCAACCAUUCAACCUCAGCAACAAGCUGCCCCCGCUCCAGGCGCCUCCCCUAAUGCCAAACCUGUUCUCAAAACUCACCCAUUAGCCGAUACCAUUGGAAGGUUCGUCAAAGAAUACUAUGAUGCUUCCAUGGGUCUCGUAGCCAUUCUUGAGAUCUUGCUUUGGGGUAGACUCCUUCUCUCGGCCCUUUUGUUCCAACGUGGGUCUUGGAUCUUGAUUACCAUCUACACUGCCUUCCUCCGUGCCCGAUUUGCACAGAGCAGCUUUGUUCAGACACAAUUUAGACAAUUGGAGGGAAGAAUUGACAGUCUUGCUGGUGGCCAAUCAACCCCACCAGCAGCCAGACAGGCCUGGGAAGUUAUCAAGAGCAGCGCAAGAACCUUCCACGAUGCGACCGAUGUCGGACACUACGUCAACAAGUCUCCAGCUGCCAAGAAGGCUUCAUAAAGCCAAUAGCGCAAUAUCUGGAAUAAACUUGGGUUCACUUUGGGUUCAGAGAUAAAUCAAUAGUCAAUUGGCUGGAACUUGAAUAUCCAACAAAACGUAGCCAAUAACAUGAUCAUGGUGGGACACGCCUCUGGUCAAUGAAUGUCUUUUCUCUCCAGGAAACGAAUGAUGAGAUACGCGGAUGGGUGGUAGGAAGCAGGGCAGAAAAAACG